AUGGCCAGCGCCGGGGAUGCUGUCUCUCUCUCCACCUCCACCAUGUCCGAUGCCGGCGAUGACGAAGGCGACAAUGUCAUCGCCCCGGCCAACUGGCCCUCCAUCCCGUGGGAUCUGCUUGCGCUGAUCCUCUCCCGACUCCCCUGCUCCGUCCACUACCUCCGCGCGGUCAUCGCGUGCAAACAGUGGGCCGCCACUUCUCUCCCCUUCCCCCACCACCUCCCUGUCCAACCCCCCGUCGCCCUCUUCAGCGAAUUCUCCAGCACUGGCCCCUACUACAACCCCGCCACCGGCAUCUACCGCCACUUCCGCGGCCCGCACCACGACUCCUACUGCUUCGGCACCUCCCACGGCUGGCUCCUCCUCCUCUCCCCCAACUCCACCGUCUACACAGUCAACCCCGUCACCUACGAGUGCAUUGGCUUCCCCCCCCUCUUCAACGCCCCCGCCAACAUGCUCCGAUUCAACACUGCAACAUACCCCAGCUACCACGUGAUUCCCGACACGCCUGGCGAUCAGGAAGUGCCUGGCGCUGUACCGCUGAUGGUCCGUCGCAGGGACCUAAUCCGCUUAUCCGUCCUCUCCUCCGACCCCGCCAAAGAACUGAACUUCGCUGUGCUCAUCGUCCUCAACCACAUCGCCAACAAAUACCUCUACUGCCGGAAGGGCGUCGAUGCUGCGUGGGUCCCGAUAACUCUCCCCCUCGCCGAUUUCCACUGCUCUGACUUAGCGCCGACGAGGAACAAGAAAAUCUACGCCGUCGACCGCAAGAAGAUGGCCAUGCUCGCCUUCGACCUCUCCGACCCGGCCAGAAACAUCAAUGUCUCAUCCUACACAAUAACCGGCGUGCCGCAACCGCCGUCGCCCGACGCCACAUUCCUGGUCGAGUCGGCCGACGGCUCGCUGCUCCUCGUCAACAAGAUCUUGGAGGUGCACGUCACGCCGUACAACGCCGUACUUGUCGUGUUCAGGCUCGACCUCUCUGCGCCGCCGCCGCAGGCGAGGGCACUGCCGGUGGCUGAUAUUGGGGCUGGCCACGCUUUGUUCGUCAGCGAGGGGGGGUCGGCGUGCGUCGACGUCAGCGCCUACCCCCGCGCGUUCAGGCCGAACCACGUCUACUUUUUCCGGCCGUUCCACAGCUACGAGGCAGGGCAGGCGUUUGAGGCCGAGACGAUCGGCAUCUUCAGCUUGGAGAAAGGGGAAUUAGCCGCGGAUUCGCGUACUUUGCUACGCGGGUGGCCAUAUCCUUUGCUGGGGAAGGUUCGGUGGUUCUUUUUCAAUCUUACGUUCAGAGAAUAUAUAGCAAUUGAUUAG